AUUGGCUCUCUAAUUGACGAUCCUCACCCCAUAUUCAUAUAUUGCGCGUUGCUUCCAAGCUUUCAUUCCUUCUCAGAUCCCUCUGCCAAAGCGCCAGCUCUUCAAAGGGAUCCAUAGCCUGAAAGAGAUAUGGGGCUGACGUUCACCAAGCUGUUCAGUCGGCUUUUCGCCAAGAAAGAGAUGCGCAUUCUGAUGGUGGGUCUUGAUGCUGCCGGUAAGACAACCAUCCUGUAUAAGCUCAAGCUUGGAGAGAUCGUGACAACAAUUCCUACCAUUGGAUUCAAUGUGGAGACCGUGGAAUACAAGAACAUUAGCUUCACCGUGUGGGAUGUCGGGGGUCAGGAUAAGAUUCGUCCAUUGUGGAGGCACUACUUCCAAAACACUCAGGGUCUUAUAUUUGUGGUGGAUAGCAAUGACAGAGAUCGAGUUGUCGAGGCCAGGGAUGAGUUGCACAGGAUGCUGAAUGAGGAUGAGCUCCGUGAGGCUGUGCUGCUUGUAUUUGCUAACAAACAAGAUCUCCCUAAUGCUAUGAAUGCUGCUGAGAUAACUGAUAAGCUUGGCCUCCACUCUCUCCGGCAGCGUCACUGGUACAUCCAGAGCACCUGUGCAACCUCUGGUGAAGGGCUUUACGAGGGAUUGGAUUGGCUCUCCAACAAUAUUGCUAACAAGGCUUGAGGCAACUGUGGAGUCUGUUCCUGUGGAUGGGCGGUCCUGGAUGCAGGGGUGAAUAUUAUCUAGUCAUCUUCGUUUUUAUUCGUUUUUUUUUUUCCUUUUCUUUUUAUAUUUUCCCUUGAGACAGUUGGCUUGUGGUAAUGCUUUUUUCAUGAGGAAGCGUUUAUUUAGAACAACAUAUUUGUAAUAGAAGAAUGGUUGGUUGGAUAUACAUAUACUUAACAAGUUUUUGUGGGGGCUGUGGAUGUCACACUUGUAGCUGGUACCGAAACUAAUUUGGUGUACAUCCCAUUUUGAAAUGGAUUUUUAUAAUAUUAUAGGCGUUGUUUUCUUUUAA